ACUGUCAUAUAUAUUUAAUCUCGUGUCUUAUUACUCCCACCAUCCCUGAAAAGUAUUAACAUUUGGAGGCAGUUCAAUCAUGUCAUUUCAUGGUUAAAAAACAGCCUACUUUCAAAUGAUAUAGAGAGAGUUUACAAGUUGGAGAGAGAUAGAGAAAGAAGCUUGUUGAACUGAACUUUGUCUUGAUGCACUCAUGUGAUCUCCUUUUAUCAGCAUAUGAUGACUAUUUGCAACAGAUGAAAACGAACUUCCCUCAACAGCAGCAGCAGCAGCAGGAGGUGGCACGUCGAUUCGUUCUUCUCGAAUAUUCUUUUCCAGGAUAUGCAAAUGAGUGACACAUUCAUUACUAAUCACAUCUUAUAGAGGUGUCUUUUUCAGAUGAAAUGCAGUAAGGGGAUAAAAAAAGAUGCUUUUUUAAGUUAAGAGUAUCAAUGAUAUAAACAAGUGGGCUCUAGUUAGUGACUGAUAUCAUCUUUAUGUUUUCCCCAUUUUCAUGCUUUUCACAAAACACCAUCUUAGUCUUCUCUCUCUAUCUCUCACACGCACGGUGAGACGACAAAGCCACCAUGGCCCGGCACCAAUCAGCCCUUUUUCCGGUAUGUGACAUUAUAGGCCCUCCAAAGAACCUCUUCUACUACCUUUGUAGUGUCGGAGAGAAGUCAUGCGCGUGAUCCUGUUGUUCUAUGGCUAAAUGGAGGACCAGAUUGCUCGAGCUUUGAUGGCUUUGUCUAUGAACUUUGUACGAACUUGUCUAAACUUCACACCCUAUAUAGAUUGCUACUUGCUAGAACUAACGACGAUCGAAUAUUGGUUAAUUACAUUAACUUCUGCUAUACUUUUGACUUCCUACUUCUGGUUGAUAAGUCUUGCUGAUAAAAAAACAAAGAAAAAGGAACAGAAAGAGAAGUAAGAAAAGCUCUUUCGCUAUAUAUUGUGGAAGAAUAAUAGAUAUCUUAUGUAACAUCGAAUGAUUUCUGUUAGUCAUGUUGCUACAGAAAUCAUGAUCAGCUGAACUUUUCAUGAACAAGGCCUUUCAACGUUGAAGCAUCAAAAUCGGGAGGCUUGCCUGUUUUGCAUCUCAAUCCGAAUAGCUGGUCUAAGGUUGAGAUUUUAUGUGAAAAAUCGAGUCUUUUCCCCUGAAUUUCGAGUUAGAAAUUAGGCAGGAAUACUAACAUGGAUAGCGGUUGUGUGGACUAAGGUUGCUAGUGUAGCCUAUUUGGACUCACCGGUUGGUGUUGGAUUCUCGUAUAUGUAAACAGAGGGCUUGGGGUGACGGAGAGGCCUCAUGCUGUGAGAAAGAGGAUUUUCGGACGUGCUUGGCCUUUUCGUGCACCAGUUGCAGAUGGAGUCAUCCCUCUGUGGCCUCGAGUUUUCAUUGUGUUGUGUGUGAAAAAGAGUAUGCUAAUAACUUCACUUUCCUCACUGUCAAGGUAGAUGGAAAAAUUAUUUUAGCAUUUUUUUCUUGGAUCAAAGGCAAAAUUAUUAAAUGAUUUGCUUAGAAACAAAUUCAGUGGUAAAAACUGAUCAAAGUUGGAUAUAAAAAUGAGCCUCUUCAACUAAACCAUACCUUUCCAACCAAAGAGUUUAGGUUUUUCUAAUUGAUCAAUCAAAGUGACCAACUCCAUCUCAUCAGCUCCACUCUCUCAUUUCCUUCUAUAAUCUACACUAUAAAUACCAACAAACCAAUCUCACAUUCACAUCAAAUACAAAACAUCUCCACAAUAGUUCUUAAUUUUUCUUCCAAAUGUCUAACCAUUUUACUCUCACAUCCUUCCUUUGCUUUGUCCUACUUGCCACCCUGGUUACCUCAUCAAGAAUCCUUGACCAAGUAACCCCACCAUUCCCACUCCCAUCCGACCCGAUACCGCCGCCAGAGACGGUGGCUCCGGCCACAACCGCCCUCCCGAGCGGCCAAAUCCCGGCCACCAAUGUAGCACCACCCGAGGCUGCCCCGAUUGAAGAAGAACCCGUCGCCCCCGCCCCAUCCGACAUCCCUGAGGCCACCCCAACCGCCCCACUGGGUGGAGCGGCUAGCACUGAUCCCAAUGCUGCCGCGGGGGCUGCAGUUGUGGCCCCCGCGGGCGCAUUCUCCUUUUUCAUGCACGACAUCCUAGGCGGGUCCCACCCGUCCGGGAGGGCCGUGGCCGGCAUUGUCGCCAAUUCGGACGCCAACAACCUCCCGUUCUCGAAGCCGAGCAACCCGAUCUUCCCGAUCAACGGUGGGGUCCCGUUGAACACCAUCAACGGCGUGAUCAACAACAACAACUACCCGUUCCUGGUCGGCCUCAACGGCGCCCCCUCGAGCACCCUCGUCCAGAGCAACGGCAACAACGCCGUGGCCAGCACCGGCGGCAGCGGCCAGCAAGCCUUUGUGACGGCCGGGCAGCUGCCGCAGGGGCUGACCCUGAACCAGCUGACGUUCGGGUCGGUGACGGUCGUCGACAACGAGAUCACCGAGGGGCACGAGCUCGGGUCCGGGGUGCUCGGGCGGGUGCAGGGGAUAUACAUCACGAGCUCCUCCGACGGCAACAGCCACACGGUGGCGCUCACGGCCGCGUUCCACGGCCACGAGCACGAGGCCGUCGACGACACCAUCAGCUUCUUCGGAGUUCAUCGGACGGCGACGCCGCUGUCCCAUAUCGCCGUAGUCGGUGGGACCGGCAAAUUCGAGAAUGCAAAAGGGUAUGCGACCAUUGAAACGAUGCCACAUGUUGAUCAACACACCACUGAUGGGAUUGAAACCGUUACACAUUUCACGGUUUACAUUACUCCAUAG